CUCCUGCUCCAGCAGCUGCAAAAAUUUCUCUUACUUUAUAUGGCGUUCUCAAUGUUACAUUCUCAACUGUUACAUGAUUUGUCAUGCAAAAUAAGCAUCGACGUCCAGUCCACACGGUGCAGCUACUUUGCGUGACAAAUUUCGGCAGGGCUACACAGCAUGGGAAUCUGUGCCGAAUUUGUAACGCAAGAGUUGCAAGAUCCGGCCUUUGUUUCUUGCUGUUGCCAGCAUGGCAAAUCCAUGUAACUCAUAUAGCUACAAUAAAGCUCAUCCCGCAGCCGUCCCAGGAGCUUCUUGUGGUUGUCUCUCGGUAGGGAUCGCUUUGCCCGUGCGUAUUCCACUCAGAGUUUGCUGCGUAGGUGGUUACCGUUUGGAGCUUUUAGAAUAGAAAGAAAUGGGACGCCCUGCCCUUAGCCUUCCAACGUGACAAAUGAAGUUGAGAACGUAACAAGUUGAGAGUGUAACAAUUGAGAAUCCCAUACUUCAAAGCCUGGACGCAGCGGUGAAGCGGACUCCUGUAUGGGUGUGUCAGGAUUGAAAUCGAAAAAGUUGCAGCAGCUUGUAAUGCAUAAAAUCGAUGCCAAGCAAUCGGAUCCACGGUUUCUAGACGGUGCGCGAAAAAUUUUGUCCGUACCGGAGGCCAGUUUGUCAUGCUGUUUAGGGAAAAGGGAAAGGGGCUCCCCUCUGCGAUGCUAAUCAGCAGCCCAAUUCUCCACCCUUGCCAGUGCUACAAUGCCCCUCCCUUGCGUCCUCUGCAAUAGAGGCAGUGUCUGCUUCUGCGUUGCAUUUUAUGCAUGACAAACCAUUUCCACUUUCAGGACGAUUUCGAUCCUGACGCACCCAUAUCCUGGCGUCAAUGGUUACAGGAUGCUGGCGAUGGCCACGAGCAUCUUGCCUAUCGCAUUAGCGUUUCCGCUGUUUUAGACUGGGCGAAACACCAGCCGUACUGGACGGAAUUAGCUAAGACGCAGCCCAAGGAAACGGGCAAAGCGCUUCUUGAAGAGCGAAAUUGCGAGAAAUGUAGCACAGCUGACAAACCAGGGGCGUGGUGGAAAAGCAAGCUGGACGGCGACCUAGAGGAAAUUGCGAAAAUGUACACAGAGAUUGCCCAACUGGACGGCGGAGUUUCUGCCGAGGUUCGAGAGGUCGUCACGCGGGCCGCGCAAAAUAUAAAAGAGGGUCUAACGGCCAGCAGGGUUCUGGACAGCAAGGCCCCGCCAGGGUUCUGGACAAGCCCGGAAGUCCAGGGCUCCUGUAGCGGUACCGUGCCACAAGAGGACGCCAACUUUUUGGAGCUGGGUCCGAAUCGAAAUCGUGACGAUGUCUACCUGAAGCUGCUCGAAUAUGCGACGGAGCUGCCGAAGGAGCUCGCUGCGUGGCAACUCAUGGACUACAAGCAGACAAGCGAUGCCGUGACCAGAAACAUUCGAAGCGCAUACCUGACGCAGGCGACGAUAUCCGAGCGCAUCGCAGACCACCGGAUGAAGUCCGGGACUGAUCAUGGAGAAGAUGCUGUAACUCAGUUUCUCCGAAGCACCCUGAUGAAUACCAAUCAAGUGGUCACAAUUGCCGACGCCGCGAGGGUGGCGGUAGAUAGGUAUAGGCCUGCAACAGGCAGCCAGGUCCCGGUCGUGCCGAUUCCCGCCGGAACUGUCGCGCUUUUCGGUAUCACUCGAGCAAAUGUUUGCGGUAGUACACAGCCGCUCACUGGUGAAGGUCGUCCCUCGGACUUGGAGAGAUCCCUGACAGAGAUGGCAGAGAAAGCUGAAUAUUAUCGCGGACUGGAUAUCGCCGGCAGUAUUCAGGAAGCUGAUGAAGAAGCACAAGCGGUAGACAGUAGAAGGGCAAGACUUUCGUGUCUUCACGGUGUGAAGUACAUGCUGGAAUUUCUUGAAGGUCUUGUCCACGAUAAAGAAAGGUUUGCGCCUGAUCGCCCCUUCGUGUUGCGUAUCCACAUGUGGGAGGGCGUGGCGCGCCAACUGACUCCACAGGCCGCCCACUUUUACGAGUCGCUGCAUAAGGGGCUCUACGACUUUUACGAUCACCCACGGCGCUCGCGCUAA